AUGACACGUUAUACCAAUUUUGUAGACGAAACUUUUUUCUCCAACGAGAUUGAUAUUCUUCAACCUCUAUCCAUAUCAAAUGAUGAAGUUGAUGACAAAGAUAUGAGCAGUAUGCUGACAAUUGUGGAUAUUGCUGGAGCAGAGAGUGAAAAGAAGACCUGCAAUCAGGUGCCUGUUAUCUACUAUUGUGAUGUUACUAUGUGGACUGAACUUCUGCAAAAGCUACUUCUAACUUUUGACAAACAAGGAAAAAGUAUUCACCAAGGCAUGAUGAACUUAGACAAUUCGUGCAAAGGCAUGAUGAACUUAGACAAUUCGCGCAAAGGCAUGGUGAACUUGGAUAAUUGGGGCAACGGAUUUAUGAACUUUACAAAGAAAAGGCACCAUUCAUAUAAUGGAAAUUUACCGAGCACGAAUCCCGUCCAGUCUCCGGCAUGUGGAUUCAGAGUGGGAGACAUUGAUGAGCCGCGAACGGCCAUGAAGCUUGCGUACCGAUCAGAAAUUGUGAGGCCAAUCAGACCGGCGGUGAAAUACCUUUUAGCUAGACUCCAUAGGAAGCUUCGAGAGGACAUAUUCGGGAUAGCGGAAGAAGACACUCUGGGUUUUCGCUUAGGUAUGAAAACGGUUCACCGGAAGCCAUCGGAGGUGGGCCGGCGUUUGACGGUGGUGAAAAGUGAGCUUGCGUGUGAGUUUCAACCUAAUACUCACACGCAAGCUCACUUUCCACCACCGUCAAACGCCGACCAACCUCCGACGGCGGCUGCUUUUACCGCUAAAAGGUAUUUCACUGCCGGUCUGAUUGGCCUCACAAUUUCCGAUCGGUACGCAAGCUUCAUGGCCGUUCGCGGCUCAUCAAUGUCUCCCACUCUGAAUCCACACGCCGGAGACUCGACGGGAUUCGUGCUCGAUGACUAUGUAUUGGUUGAGAAAUUAUGCCUUGAGAAGUACAAGUUCUCCAGGGGCGACGUCGUAGUUUUUCGAUCCCCAAUUAUUUAUAAGGAGAAAAACGUGAAGAGAAUUGCUGCCUUGCCCGGUGAUUGGAUCUAUCUCUCGUCACAAGACACUGUUAGGGUUCCGGAAGGGCAUUGUUGGGUCGUGGGAGACAAUGCAGCUUCUAGCUUGGACUCGAGAUCACAUGGUCCGAUCCCUUUGGGCCUGAUAUGCGGACGAGUCACCCACAUCGUGUGGCCGCCUCAAAGGAUCGGUGGAGUAAAUAGUAAAAUCAGCAUAUUGCCUGAAUUGCAAGUUCAUGCUUCAGAAGAACGCACACAUUGAUUUUAUUUUUUUUCAUGGUUGACUGAAAAAGUUCUAAAUGCUGCAGGCUGCAGCUGGGCACAAUUGUGAAUUCCCUUCUUGAAAUUUUCAUUUUCUUUUUUUCUCGAUUUAUGUUAUAUUAUUUGUCAUAUUCUUUUUUAAUGUUAAAAAGUUUGGAUUUUUGACACUAAUAAGAUUCUUGAUGAUUGUGCUGUGAGAUGGAUGUGUUAUUUCAUAUUUCCAUUUAUAGCCAUAAAUUGAGAAAGUUAUAUAUAUUGUCAAACACGUGCAUUAGUUAUUUACAAAGCAC